AUGGGCGAUGGCCAAGCCGUUGGGUUUGGACUAGGUCUUGCCCUGGGCGGUGUUUUCAGCGGCACUGUCGUUUGGCGAUGGGGGCUUCAUGCUGCUGCGAUCCUUCAUGUCGUUGUUUUGGCCAUUGCCCUGUGGGCACUUCCAGUUAGCGUUGAUGACGCCGCGCCUUUGGGCUGGAAUACUCUUAUUCGCCUGCGAAAAGAGCUGGUUCAAAUUGGAGCAUUGAUCAUUAGCACGAGCCUGGCUUUAAUGUCCUAUGUCCUUGGUAUCGUUACAGACUCUGACGCGGCUAAGCAUAUGCGUCAACCGCUCAAUAUCGUGCUCCUCAGCACAGCACCCGUCUACGGCUUUCUUACGAACAUCGCCGUUGCGGUCUUUCUGUCACGUCUCGAGCAUCCUAUGCCGUCACGACCCCUUCGCAUCUCCAGCGACACAGUUGCGUUUUCUGACAUUUGCAUACAUCAAGUCACUUCAAAAAACAUGGACGAGCCUAUCGAGAUUCUGGGCCAGCAGCCCACUCUCAAAAUCUACACCCAGAUAGCGGUCUGCUUUUCCGUCGAAGAUGACCAAUCCUAUGCAAACAUCACCAAAACUCUGACAAGCGGUCUUGAGCGACUUACCGCCGGGUUUCCCUGGGUUGCAGGGCAGAUAAUCAACGAGGGCGCGAGCGAAGGUAACACUGGCAUCUUCAAGAUCGCGCCACUGGAACCAACCCCGCCCUUGAUUGUCAAGGAUCUGAGAGAGGACCCAUCAGUAUCGUCGAUGAAAGACAUGAAAACGUCAGGCUUUCCCUUCGCCAUGCUUGACGAAAGCAUCGUCUGUCCUCGCCCGACUCUACCCAUCGAUCCCAAUCUAGUAGGGAAACCUGAGCCAGUUUUCAUCACCCAAGCUACGUUCAUCAAAGGCGGGCUCGUUCUCGCAUUCCUUGGCCACCAUCAGGUGCUCGAUGGAACCGGGCAAGGACACCUCAUCAAACUCCUGUCCAAGGCGUGUAAGGGCGAAGACUUCACCGAAGAGGAAAUUGCAACUGGAAACCUGCCACGACACAACAUUAUCCCCCUCCUCGACGACUUUGAGGGUGGGCCCGAGACUGAUGCGAUGAUCAUCAAGCCCUCAGCAACGCCGGCAACGGCACCUGCCACGUGCAGCUGGGCCUACUUUGACUUUUCUGCAGCUUCUCUUUCAGCCUUAAAGUCAUUGGCUUCGGAGACGGUCAAGUCAGGCUACAUUACAACAGACGAUGCCCUUACUGCCUUCGCCUGGCAGUCAAUCAGCCGCAUUCGUGCGAACCGCCUAUCACACGAAGCGAAAACCAAGCUCGCUCGAGCCAUCAAUGUGAGGGGAUACAUGGGCAUUCCUCAAACUUUCCCAGCCCUCAUCCAAAGCAUGACGAACAACUCCAUGGCGAUUAAGGACCUCAUCGAAAGACCUCUAGGGGAAGCGGCAUCUCAACUCCGAUCAACUGUAGAUCCUGCAGCCUUGAGCUUCGGAGUGCGGGCUUUGGCGACACUCAUGAACCAAGCGGCCGAUAAGAGUGUCUUCUCAUUCACCGGGACCCUUCAUCUCGAUAGAGACUUGGCUUUUAGUUCUUGGGCGAAACUCGAUCUUUAUGAGCACGACUUUGGAUUGGGAUUGGGCAAGCCUGAGUCGGUCCGGAGACCGCAAUUCACACCCGUGGAGAGUCUUGGCUACCUGCUUCCCAAGGCACCAGAUGGCAGCAUCGCACUAGCAAUAUGUUUAAGGGACGAGGACAUGAAUGGGUUAAAGAAGGAUGAAUUAUGGUUGAAGUAUUCAAAGUACAUAGGAAAGUAA